ACUUUUCGUGUUUCUUUCUGGAAAACUUGGAAAUAUCAAAAUCUUCAAAGAAGUAAAAGAAAGAAAAUGAAGAGACUGAUGAACAUGUUCAAGCGAAAGCCUGAUCCGAAGCAAAAGCUCCGAGAUUGGCAGCGGAAGCUACGCCAAGAAUGCCGUAAAAUCGAACACCAAAUUCGAGAUAUAGAGAGAGAAGAAAGAAAAGUAAAGAAAGAUAUUAAAGACUCGGUGAAGCGGAAUGAUAUGGCCACUGCUGAGGGACUUGCUAGGGAAAUAGUGAGUGCUAGAAGAAUAGUGAAGCGACUUUAUGAAAACAAAGCUCAGUUGAAUUCAGUAUCAAUGCAUCUUGCGGAGACUGUUGGAACUGCGAUAACAGUUGGGAAUAUUUCGAAGAGCACUGAGGUUAUGAAGAUUGUUAUUAAACUCAUGAAAGCUCCGGCUUUGGCUGCGACAAUGCAGGAGUUCAGCAAAGAGCUCACUAAGGCUGGGGUUAUUGGAGAGUUUGUGAGUGAUGUGGUUGAUGAUACCUUAGAUUCUGAGGAUAUCGAUGAGGAGGUUGAUAAAGUGUUGACUGCCGUAGCUGGAGAGACUGCAGCUAAGCUCCCUGAAACAGUUAGGAAGGGAAAGAUAAUGGCACCAGCUCAAAAGGUGAAAACUUCACGUGAGGAAGAGGCAAUUACAGAAGGAGUUGAUGGUGAUGAAGAACCUGAGGAAGUUAGAGCUGGGCUCGCCAAAGUUAGAUCUUAACUGAUAUAGUGAUAUAUACAUACUUGGUUCGUACUAGUGAGUUUUCUUCUAACUGCGGUUCUAUUCUUGGUGGAUCUUUGAGCUGGAACGAUGUGUUGGACAGUGAUUGUGCUACUUGUAUAGUUUGAAAGAAAUUUUAGUUUUAGUGUUUGUUAGGUUUGGUUAUGUGUAAAGUUUUUGGAUUUGAGAAGGAGAAACCCAUUCGGUUUUGGUUCA